CUGCCACAGAACGACUCACUGUUUCCCAGAGUGAGCAGGCAUCUUUCUUUUGUUUUUUUCUUCCAGAUCAGAGACUCUUAUCACUAAUGGAGAACAAUUGAUUGUCUUCAUUCUGUGGGCUGUAACUUUCAGAUGGAAUUGCCAAGAGCUCAUCGUUUCUCCCUGACUCCUUCUGGUGUCUCUCUGUUUGCAUCACAGAUGAAAACGGCCAGGUCCCUAGAUUCCCCUCGGCUCUACCUCCUUGUCUGCCUCGUCUUGGUCGAGCUGCUUACCCCCUGCUCAGCUCAGUUUGCUGUGAUUGGACCCCCUGGGCCCGUCCUGGUCAUAGUGGGUGAAGACGCUGAGCUGCCCUGUCACCUGUCCCCAAAGAUGAGCGCGGAGACCAUGGAACUGAAGUGGGUGCAGUCCAGCCUCAGGCAGGUAGUUUUCAUGUACGCAGGUGGGAAGGAAGUAGAAGACAGACAGAUUGCAGAGUAUCGAGGGAGAACUGAAAUUUUAAGAGAUGACAUCACUGCAGGGAAGGUUGCUCUCCGAAUUCGCAACGUCAGAGCCUCUGACAGUGGAAACUACCUGUGUUAUUUCCAAGAUGGCAACUUCUACGAAAAAGCCUUGGUGGAGCUCAAGGUUGCAGCACUGGGUUCUGAUCUUCACAUUGAAAUGAAGGGCCAUAAGGACGGAGGGAUCCACCUGGGGUGCACGUCCUCUGGCUGGUAUCCCCAGCCCCAGAUACAGUGGAGAGAUGUCAAGGGACAGAACAUGCCAGCUGUGGCAGCACCUCUGGCUGCAGAUGGAGCAGGCCUGUAUACAGUCACAUCAUCUCUAAUCGUGAAGGACAGUGCUGGGGAAGAGGUGUCCUGUAUCGUUAAAAAUCCCCUCCUCAACCAGGAAAAGACAGCCCGGAUUUCCAUUGCAGACCCCUUCUUCAGGAGCGCCCAGCGCUGGGUCGCUGUCUUCGCCGGGACCCUGCCUGUCUGUCUGCUGCUCCUCACAGGGGCUGGGUAUUUCCUGUGGCUGCAGAAGAAGGAAAAAGAGGCUCUAUUCUUGGAGAAAGAAAGAGCGAAAGAGGAAAAGGAAAUAGCCCAGACAGAAAAGGAGCAGGAACAAAGAAUAAAAGAGACACUCCAGUAUGAACUCAAGUGGAGAAAGAUCCAGUACAUGGCUCGUGGGGAGAAGUCUCAGGCCUAUGCUGAGUGGAAGAAGGCCCUCUUCCAACCUGCGGAUGUGAUUUUGGAUCCAAACACAGCAAACCCCAUCCUCCUUGUUUCUAAUGACCAGAGGAGCCUGCAGCGGGCAGACAAACGACAGAAUCUGCCAGACAACCCUGAGAGAUUUGAUUGGCAUUACUGUGUGCUUGGCUGCAAAAGCUUCACAUCAGGGAGACAUUACUGGGAGGUGGAGGUUGGGGACAGGAAAGAGUGGCAUAUCAGAGUGUGCCAGGAGAACGUGGAGAGAAAGUGUUGGGUGAAAAUGACACCCGAGAAUGGCUUCUGGACCGUGGGGCUGACUGAUGGGAGUAAAUAUCGGGCUCUCUCUGACCCCCGGACCAAACUGACAGUUGCCAACCCUCCUCAAAGAGUAGGGGUUUUCCUGGACUAUGAGACUGGUGAGGUCUCCUUCUACAACGCCAUGGAUGGAUCUCAUAUCUACACCUUUCCACACACCUUCUUCUCCGGGCCUCUGUGGCCUGUUUUCAGAAUUUUGACAUUGGAGCCCACAGCCUUGACGAUUUGCCCAGCACUGACAGGAGAGGGGAGUUCCAUUGUUCCUGACCUAGUGCCCGACCUUUCCCUGGAGAACACAGUGGCGGUGGGCCCAGCUGAUGAGAAUGGGGAACCUCAGGCUGAAGUAACAUCCUUGCUUGUCCCUGCCUAGCCUCUUCCUUCACAGCAACAAAUCACAACCAUAAAAUCCUAAAGGCACACACUGUGUGAAGCAUUCCACUAAUAUUAAUACAAGUAUUUAUUCCAUAGGGACAGUUGACUAGAUACCACUUUCUUGUCUCUUUCAUAUGGAGAAAGAAACUGGGGUGCAGAAAAGUGAAUUCACUUUCCAAAGGUCACUCAGCUAGUGAAUGACAGCUGGGAUCCAAAUAAUAACUAACAACAUUUACAGGUGACUUAAAAUGUACUGGGUGUUGUGCUCAAUGCUUUAAAUGAAUUUCACUCAUUUAAUCCUCACAACAACGCUGUGAUAUCACCUCGUUUUGCAAGUGUGUAAACUGAGGCAGGGCCAAGUGAAGUAAUUUAUAUAAUUCAUCAGAAAGUUUGUGCUGCUGGAAGAGGUUUGGCCCCUGGACCCAAUCUCCACCCAUCCUCUACCCUCUAACUUGUUUUCCAGCCCAAUUGCCCCUGAGGGACAGGAACCAUGCGCAGCCCUGAGCUCCCCUUCCCAGGGCACCCUAGGAUCAGGAUUGUAAUAGGUGACUAUGGAGGCCACACCCAACUUGAUUGCUUCAAGGUCAAUUGUCAGAGCCAUAGGUAUAUCGCUUUAUUGGAUCCACUCUGCAGGGUGACUCGGUCUGGAGAAUCAAUUCACAGUGACUGCACCACGCAGGAAGGCAAAGGGAAUAAAGGCCAAGUCUUAACUACUAAAGGGCAUAUGUGCCCCCACUCCCACCCUGUCAAUGUGAUGUGUGAUCCGGGAGCCAGAACCAAUCCUCCUACGUUCCAGGUCUCCAGAAAGCGUAACUUAAUACAUAAAGAUUGUCUGUGGAACAAGGAUUUGGGAGGAAUGAAGUUAGAUGAACUUUAGUGAUAUUUUUAUCACACUGUGGACUCCAUCUCCAGGAAAGAGAUAUUUCCACCCCUGCUCACUUUUGAUGUUAACUGAUAUUCUCUGCAGCUGAUGGGUACUGGGCAGAAGUUACUCUUCAUUAUCAGCACUAUUUUGUUGACCAGUGUAUCCCCGCUACCUGGCAUGUGGUCGUCAAGUUACAUUUGUUAAAUAAACUUGUUAAUAAUCCUCACUC